GCGAAUUUACACUGCAGCAAGCAUACUAGUUUAAUACAACAACGGCAAGAACAGGGAACUCAAGCCCCCGCCAGUCUUGUUCCAGGAAGAGGGCGACAGCGGGAGUGACUAUGGCAGCUAUAAAAGGUUGGGAAAAGUCAUAGCUCGUACUGUUCCAGCUGGAAACAUGCUAUUUCCUGACCUGUUCCAAACCAACAACCUCCUUUUCUAUGAAAGAUUUGAGGCUUACAAAGACUAUGUGCUUGGUGACUGUAAACCCUCUGAGGUGAAAGAAUUCAUAGCAGAAUACUUGGAAAAGGCCAUUGAACCAUCUGGCUGGAAGGCAAUUUGGCACACUGACGUAUUUGAUGUUCUUGUAGAGGUAACAGAUGUAGAAUUCUCCAGCCUUAAUGCCAUUGUGCAGCUGUGUGAGCCUUUCCUGUGUGAGUCCCGUGUCAGUAGCAUCACCCAUGAAAGUAUAAACGACUUGCUGGAAGUGAAAGAUCAGAGGGUACCUUUGCAGGAGCUCCGUGUUGUUUUUGAUGAAUCUGGGUUAUAUGACCAGACGGCACUAGCUAUUGAGCAUGUCAGAUUUUUCUACCAGCAGAUCUGGCAGCCCUGGGACGAGGAAGAGGAAGAUUAUUUUGAUUACUUUGUUAGAUGCGUGGAGCCUCGUUUACGCCUGCAUUAUGACAUCCUUGAAGACCGUAUACCAUCAGGCCUUGUGGCAGAGUACCGCAGCCUUCUGUUGCAGUGCGAAGAAGUUUAUAUGCAAUUCACCAACCUCCGAAACAAUUUAUCCAAUAAAGACUCUGAUUCGGAAUCUGAGCUUGACAAUGUGUCCAUGGUUGAGGGGAUGAAGAUGGAUGAUGAAAUGGAAAAUCUGAAAAGGAAGCUGAAAUUAAUUGAAAACCCACUUCUGAGAUAUCUUUUUUGUUACCAGAGAAAUUCUGGAUCGUACAAUGUACAAGCCAAAGGGCCCAGACCCACUGGUGGGAAGGUAAUUCAUGUUGUAUCCACAAGUAUGUCCAUCACCACACUGCAGUGUCUAACAAGGGAAAGACUUCAGCCAGAGUCUGGGAACAAAGAUUUGGAAAUUCAGUUCCAUAGAGAUCCUCUGGAGGCAGUGAACGCGUGCUAUGAGGGAGAUCUUGUCAUAAUCUGUCCUGGCCUUUACACUAUAUAUGGUUUGAUCAACAUUAUGGACUCAAUAGAGAUAGAAGGAUAUGGCCUCCCAGAUGAUGUUGUCAUAGAAAAAAGGGGCAAAGGGGAUAGUUUUGUGGACUGCAAUGGGGCUCAUAUCAAAAUCUCCAAUGUAAAGUUUGUACAGCAUGAGGCAGUGGAAGGCAUUAUCACUAUCCAUAGUGGAAAGACAGAGCUGGACAACUGCGUGUUGCAGUGUGAAACUACUGGAAUCACUGUGAAGAAGUCUGCAGAGUUAUUGAUGAAGUACAGUGAUUUAUAUGGAGCGAAGGGUGCUGGAAUGGAAAUCUACCCUGGCAGUAAGUGCACCUUAAUCGGAAAUGGCAUACACCACUGCAGAGAUGGCAUUCUUAUUAAGGACUUUAUUGAUGUCGUUUAUGAGAUCCCUAAAAUAAUCAUGGAGAAUAAUGUCAUACAUAAUAACGAAGGCUAUGCAGUUGUCUUGGUAAAACCAUCUCCAGACUUUGAGAAGAACUCGCAUAAUGAGGAACUAAAAGGUGAACUUCUUGAUACCAACAUGAUAGAGGAAGAAGCUAAUUCUAAUAUAUUGCAACCAAACCUAAAUGAAGCUAUAGGUGUAGAAGACAAGGCAAUUGGGCAGUCUGAUCUUUUAGAAGAAGAUAAAAGUAAUCCGACCUUUGCUAAAGUGGAGGUUGAAUGUGAAUAUGCAGUUGACUGUGAAGAAUCUGAAGGGAAUCAGGUCAUCGCUACUGAACUGGUUGCUAACACAAGAAGAAAAACCCAGCUACACAAGAAGAGGCUGAGCACAUUGGGAAUUGUAACAGCAGAUGAUAACAACCUAACGUCCCAAGAGAUAUUUGUUUCCAUAGUUGGGAACCAGUUUAAAAGAAAUGGCAAAGGAAGCUUUGGAACGUUCCUCUUCUGAUAUCCCAAAAAACUUGCACUUCUGCAUUGCUGAUGCUUUCUUGAACAACUGGGACAUCAAUUUAAUUUUGUCUUUUGCUUGGCUGUAUGUCAAAAGGCAUUGACUUAAUUCACUUUAAUGCCAUAAAUUGCACAUGUACAUAAAAAGUAGUUCCAGAGAUUCGCUUGUAAAUUUGUGAGGUUGUGUAUUUAACUUCAUUAUUGCCAACGUCUGUAAACUUUUCACAACCAAUACACUAUUGCCAACAUCUGUAAACUUUUCACAACCAAUACACAAUAAAGGGAUUACACUUUCAGCCAAACAUAUAUCUUCAUUUAAUAUAAUAGAGACUUUUAGUAUGAGAAUUAGCUCCACUGCUUUUUUUUCAUCUUUGUUUUUUUUUUUUACUCCUGGAUUUUAGCCAUUUUUAAAUGUCAGUCUUUUAUUGUGCCCUUUUCAGAGCAUCCGAACUGUUUGGAAGACCAGGCAGAAGCUGAGCAGCUUUUUAUCUGACUAUGCAGGCAUAACCGUUCAUGACUAUGGGUGGUUACAUGGAUUUUUUGAUUAGUGGCUCAAAUAUUUUUUACAUUUAUUUUUAUUGUAAUACAGGCUUUUUAAACUAAAACAUUUGUCUAAUAAAACAUCACUGUGUAAGUACUGGACCUUAAGGGUUGUUUCAGUCUCUUUAAGUGCUUUGUUUUUAAGUAUUGCCAGAAUAUGACUCUGAAACAACCCCAUGUGACCAGUGAGUUUUUCUGCUCUCACUUUUCUCAUAGCAUGCGCAUAAACAUUAAUAUGUGUAAAUUAAGGUUUGCACAUCCCUAUAAAGGUAAACUGCAACUUGCAAAUCCUUUUUCACAAAGCUUUUUUUAAUUAAAUAUAUAAUUAUUUAAUUAAAGCUUUAAACAUCUUAAGUUAAAAUGUACACAAAACCUUUGCUUAGUAGAAAUGUGUAUUUGUAGGCUUGUCAUAUGUUUCCAUUGAUGUAUAGCUGUAAUUCAAAUUUGCUCUAUCCUAAAUUUUAAAGCAAAAUGAUUAACACAUAUAUUUACUAUUUCUUCCUUAUGGUUGACCUGUGUCAGUGCAAAGAUGGGCAUGGUUCAUCUACUGAUCAUUACUGACUGGAGAACUGUUUCCCUGUCUGUGCAUUCAUUCUCUAACUGAUGUUCCAUAUCCUGCCAACAAGCCAUGAACAGUGGAAAAAUAAAAUGUAUUAUUUAUAGUUU